AUGGACAGCGACGGGGCGUUUGAGGAAGAAACCUGCUACCUCAUGUCGAAACGAGAACAAAUCACCGAUGCCCUCAUCGAGCGGCCCUACGACUUGAUCGCAUACCUCGAGAGGGCCGAAGUACAUAGUGAGCUGGGAUACCCCGAUCUGGCGGCGGGGGAUAGUUACAGGGCGCUGCUCCUUUGCGACGAAGUUGCCAAUGAAGGCUUCGAGUACCACGAGCAGGCUUUGGCGACUCUACGGGCUCGGGGGGCAAAAGGAACACCCAUAGUUCUGCGGAGUUCGAGUAUUAGGCAUUUCGAUCUUACCAGCGAAGUGGAGGCCAUGAAGGUGGAGGGUCAGGUGGACAAGAAGGCUCUGGAUCUGGUAGGCAUCGCAACUAUACAAUGUUACCGCUCCCUCGCCAUCAGCCUGCUCCUCUGCGGCUGUCUGAAAAGUGCAUACGACUUCUGCACGAGAGGAUUGGCUGCGGCGCCGGGGGACGAAGAGCUUUCGCAGGCCAAGGAAUAUAUUGAGCAUAUGGCGAAGAGGAGGUUAAAGGUCAAGGAAUUGGAUGUUGCCAAUCUGCCUGACCAAGGGCUAGUACGGCGAGAGAUCUAUCCAUGGAAUGAUCACGAACCGAACCGCUACUCGCAAGAGACCUUGGAAUUUCUUAACAAGCAGCUGGCCGAGAUAUCAUCAACUGUCGAAGCUAGGAUAACCGAGUUGCCUACUCUCCUGGAAUUCUCUGGCAACAAUAUGGAUGACUCUGGAUCCUUGCGAACGAAUAAGCAGUUAGGGCUAUUUGCGAAAUCAGACAUACAACCUGGUGAGACAGUACUGGACGAAUUCUCCCUCCUGGCUGCGAACAAUCGUCUCAAGGAUAACUUGUGCGAUGCUUGCAGCUCGGAACUUCCUCCUCUGACUGCAAACAGCACCGUAGUAGGUUGCCCGGACUGUGAGGACAUCAUGUUCUGCAAUGACUACUGCUUAAGUAGGGCACAAGAGGAAUAUCAUCCAGCCGUGUGCGAUAAGGAUAUCGAUACGAUAGCCAAGGACCCCGACCCAAAAGAGAAGCCACAUGCCCUCUACCUACUGCUCCUCUCACGCUCGCUAGCUAUGGCGGCGACCCAAGGGACUCACCCCCUGGAAUUGAAAGAAGUUAAGCACAUCUGGGGUGACUUCUUACCCAGUUCCGCAAACGCCGUUUCAUUGUCGGUUAAUGCUCCACCUCCUCCUGUCUGGACCCUUCCCUUCUCCUUCCAAUACAACAUCUCCGGACCCCUCCACGUCCUAGAGAAAAUGGGUAUUGAUAUUUUCGCCGAACUUCCCAUGUACGACCUCUGGAUUCUCAAUACGCUUUACAGCAAAUUUCGCGGCACUGCCUCUGCUCGUGUCAAUAAACGGAAUGGGCAUCCCGAGGUCGCUGCUGUUCAUCCGCUCUGGUGUCUAGCCAACCAUGACUGCAAUCCGAAUGUGCAGUGGGAGUGGGAAGGGCGCAUGAAGCUCUGGUGCAGAGACAAAAGGAUCGGAGGGUUGCCGGGAGGAAUUAAAGCGGGAGAGGAAAUACUGAAUCACUAUUGUGACAUCGAUCUAAAAGUCAAGGAUAGGAGAGAAUGGGCACAGGGAAGUCUGGGAGGCUAUUGUAUGUGCGAGAGGUGCCGGGUAGAGGCUGCUGAAGAGGCAGGGCCGAAGACGCAAGUCACGAAUGGGGUUACAGGGGAGCAUUUGAAAGGUCGGGUCGCUGCUUGA